AUGGAGGCCAAGAUUGAAGAGAGCAGCUUGUGGCCUUACUGGACAGGUGCUUGGCCUGAUAGCCACCUGCUUGAAGAGGAAGCGCUCCUCUCCGGCCUCUCCUUACCAAGCUUGCACUUCCACCCAUUGUGCUCGACCAUUACAUCCAGCAACAUUCUGCAGGAUUUCAGGUGCAAGAUCGAUGUCUUGUUCUUUGAGACGCAUGCAGGUGAGCUCGACGCCAUCUUUGAGGAUGAUGUGCUGAGGCAUUGGGAUGACAUGGAGCAGUCUGGCAACAAGGUAGAGGAGGAAGGCAACGAGAGGCUGCCGCUGCUUUGCUACACCGAGGAGGAGAAGGAAGUGUCCUCGAACACCAAGGUCGUCGUCAGAGCAGCAGGCCAGCAAGUGAGAUCGUCAGAGGAGCCGGUCCUCACGUUCGAGCUCGUGUCGCAGUACUUCUACAUGCCGAUCAUGCAGGCGGCGCGGGAGCUCAACGUCGGCCUCACCCUCCUCAAGAAGAGGUGCAGGGAACUGGGCAUCCCUAGGUGGCCACAUCGCAAGAUGAAGAGCUUGCAGUCCUUCGUCAAGAAUGUCCAGGUCCUGCAGGAGGCGGGCAAGGCGGUCGAUGAGGAGCAGCUGAGGGCGGUGGUGGAGAUGCUGCAGCAGGAGAAGCAGCUCCUGGAGCAGAGGCCGUAUGUGCAGCUGGAUGAGAAGACCAAGAGGCUCAGGCAGGCCUGCUUCAAGGCCAACUACAAGAAGAGACGGCUCUUGGCUCUCAAAGGAGGGGAGGCACCAAGAAUCCACAAGUACUGA